AUGGAAAAUACUUUGAAGCAUAGGACAUCAAAUGAUAUUAGUAGCAAAGAUAGACAACCCAAUAUUAUAAUUGAAAAAAAGGAUGGUCAAACAGGAGUGAAAAAAAAUGAUUUUGGAAACAAAAGAUAUAUCAAAAAUGUUAAUGGGGUUUUUUAUAAUACGGGAAAUACAAGAUAUUACAAAAAUAGAUAUUCUUAUAAAGGGAAUCAUAAGCAAUCUAAUGGACAAAUGAAUCGAUAUAAUAGUUAUCAAGGAGAUUUUUAUUCUGGACAGUUUAAUCAACGAAAUUUCUAUAAUAGUUACAAUAACCGCUCCUACCGUAAUUCUCAUUCAUCAAGAAACUCUUCACAAUCAAAUGAUAUGUAUAUGAAUGAAAAGAAUCCUCGUUCCAGAAUUCAUUCUGAAAAUUCUCAAUCAUCAAGAGACUUUCCUCCGUCUCUUCAAACAAAUAACAUAAAAUUUACUAAUAUAUCAGAUCAAAUACAAAAUUAUAAUAAGAAUGAAAAAAAAGACUCUUUUACAUCACUACCAAACGUCAAUAACACAAAUUCAUCAACUUUUAUUAAACCUAAUACUACAUAUGUCACACCUGAAACAAAUAAAAUGUGUGUUUGUAGUGCCACAAACAACAAAGGAAAAAUAUUAGGUGGUAGAAAAUGCUGUAUUUGUGAGGACGAUACAAGACAUGAAAUAAAAAUUGAUAUUAAACUAGAAUUACCAGCUCUUAAAUUUACUCGUUAUCUUGCUAAUUUCUUAGGUGCAUUUUACAACUAA